AUGCCCUUGGCGGCCUACCUCUGGCGCAGAAUUCGGCAGCUAGGCGUCCAAAGUAUUAUGGGUGUACCUGGAGACAUGAACCUCGAGCUACUGGAUUACCUCGACGAUGACGGACUCGAAUGGGUUGGCAACGCCAACGAGCUCAACGCCGCCUAUGCAGCAGAUGGCUACUCUCGGAUGAAGGGUUGUCCCGGGGUUUUGGUAACCACCAUGGGCGUUGGCGAACUAAGCGCGCUGAACGGCGUUGCGGGCGCAUACACGGAGCACGUCAAGCUGAUUCAUAUUGUUGGCACGACGGGGACAGGGGCGCAGAAGGCGCGCGCGAUGAUUCAUCAUUGUUUGGGACCGAAUCCAGACCAUCGGAUCUACUCGAAGAUCUCGGGGCCUGUGCGUAUGGCACAUUGUUGGCUGGAUAAUGCGAAGACGGCGACGGCGGAGAUUGAUAGAGUCAUACGUGUAUGCUACCUAAAGAGUCUCCCGGUCUACAUCUUCGUGCCGUUGGACUUUACCCAUGUCCCUGUUUCUGCGUCUUCGCUUGACCAGCCCCUUACCAUUACCCCACAAACGGAUGACGAUGCGUGUGCCUCUGCUGUGAACGCGGUCAUUGACCGGAUCGCGAUGUCCAAAACGCCAAGCAUUGUCGUCGACACCUUGGUUCACAGAUUCGGGGCUACGAGUAUCUUGAAUCGCCUACUAGAUCAGCUCGAUAUCCCCACUUUUACCACGCCGAUGGGGAAGUCGAUCGUGCCUGAGGACAGGUCCUACUUCCAUGGCGUCUAUAAUGGACAGGUCUCUUUGCCAGGUAUUGCCAGCGCCAUCGAGGUGAGCAGCGAUCUGGUCAUCGAUAUCGGCUUUCUCCAUUCCGAUUCGAACACUGGCGGCCAUUCGAGGCUCCUUACCCGCGUCUUCCAGGCGCUCACUACAGAUCCCAUCCCUCGCAACUUGCUCCGGAGGCGAAUCAUACAUCUGCCCACACCAUCGGUACCGAGUGACGAAGACGCAAAACACAUAACACAAUCCUGGAUCUGGAAGCGCAUUGGCGCAAUGGCGCAGCCAGGCGAUAUCAUCAUCGCCGAGUCUGGGACAGCGCAAUUUGGAUUCUCGGACGCAGUCUUUGGCCCAGGUGUACAGUACAUCACACAGAUCUACUUUGGGAGCAUUGGGUACUCGGUUCCUGCAUGCUUGGGAGCGGCCAUUGCGCAGCGGGAGAUGGGGUCUGAAGCUGCAAGCCAACGACCGGGCCGUACGAUUUUGGUGGUGGGGGAUGGGAGCUUGCAGCUGACAGUGCAGGAGAUUGGGACGAUGAUCAAGCUGGGACUCAAGAACAUUAUCAUAGUGGUUAUCAACAACAAUGGAUACACCAUCGAACGAGCAAUUCAUGGGCCAGAGCGAGGCUACAAUGACAUCGCAACCUGGAACCAUCAGCUCCUUCUCAACACAUUUGGUGACAAGUACGGUAAGGUGAAUAGUCGUGUCGUCAACACUAAAGAAUCCUUCGAAAAGGUUAUCUCAUCCCCAGAGUAUUUAGAUCUUGCCUCCAUUCAAUUGCUCGAGGUCAUAAUGGACAAGAUGGAUGUGCCGUGGCGUUUGAAGGCGCAAAUUGAUCUGAUCAACCAACACAAUACGCGGAUCACAAAACAGGACAAUGGAGUGUAGCUAGAGUUAUCAUUCUAUGCUACUGUGAUCGGAAUCUACUGGAUUUGCCAG